UAACUGAUAGUAGACGUACUGAGGCUAAACCAGCCUGACGGCUGUCCAUGUCCCAUGUGUGCUGCGAAUGUGACCGUUGAAAUUAUGUCUUUUGAUGAACUUCUGACAAGUCUACAAAACUGUGUCAUCGCCGAGGACCCAAAGCUCGAGCGCGUUUUCGAUAAGCUUUCGGAGUGCUCCAGGAGCGACGUUAAAAGGACCAAGGAGCGCAUUUUGGACGAGGCUGCCCAACUGUUGAAGACGGUGAAUCUACAUGUGCUGGCGCGUGAUCACCUUGAGCUUGUAGUCAGACUUCUCGUCUGCUUGCAGCUUCAGAUGGUGCACAUAUCUACAGCCUGUAGAAAAGUAGACCAGAUGUUGCAGUGUCUGGCGAUAGUGGAUCAUCAGUUGGUGUUUGGAGAGAUCCACGCCUGUUUGAGUUCUAUAGUUCACUCAGAGCAGAUAUUCUCUCAUGAACACCUUCAGAGAGCUUGUAUGUUCCUGGAGGUUAGCUCUGUGGGCCGUGAUGUGUGGCGGGAGCUUUGUCCUGCCUUUCUGGACAAAUUGGCGAAGUUCUUCCCUUUAAUAGUGCAACAAGAGCCACUGCGAGAUGGGCAGCUAUGUUACAUGGCUGUCAAGGUUUGCCUCCAGAUAUUUCAGCUUUUGUCUAGAGAAGUGUCUUUUGCAGUUUGGGUAAAAAAGGAGAGGAGCCCAGCCAUGAAGAAAAUCUUGCAGGUUCUCGCAGAAAUAAUAUUUGGACAGAGCUGCAGCAGAGACACUCGUCUUUUGGCCGGGACCGCCAUGGCCAUGCUCAUCAACACGGCAUCAGAGAGCAGCGCAGGUGCAGCAGCUGCCUGGGGUCUUUUCCAGAGCUCUCAUUUAGAGCCCUGGCUGCUGACUGUGGGUGCCCUUCAGGUGCAGUGUUGCCCCACAUCAGGAGGCGCACUGGGUCAGCUGGCAAUGAGCAGGGGCCUCCUCACAUGCUGUCAACCUCACAUAUUGCUCAGUUCCUGUGCAGAGGGCGCAGAGGGCAGUUUACUGCUGGAUGCUUUGUUUCCUCUACUUUAUGAUUUGUGUGAAGAGAAGCUGAAUUGCCACUACCUUGCGUUUGAGGUGUUCACACUGUGGCUGAAGAAGGUCAAAGAAUGUCUGCCUGAUAUCUGGAAGAUGACGGGUGGCCGUUUUCUGCCCGAUGACAGCAUCCUGCAGCAAAAGCUCAUUUCUGUUAUUUGGACCAGUGCUGAAAGUCCAGUGGAAGGCGUGUCCGACUGUGCCCGUGUUACCUUUAGCUUGUUGCUGGACUUCUACGACAUGGACUGUGAGCAGUUUGGUCACACGAAGAAGCCUCUUUAUUUGACUCUACUUCAUCGAAUUAUCCAACUCCCGUGGGAAUCCAAAGCCAAGUACCAUCGCCUCUGCGCUCUACUUCCGUAUUUGGGGACUGACACGGUGCUGGAUCACUAUGCUGAAAUACCAAAUCACCUCCUGAAGUGCAUGUCAAAUGAUCACCUGUCUCCAUGCGGGUCGGAACUUUACAAGUGUCUGAUCCAGCAGCAGAGAAAAGAGCUUUCUGGCGACACUCUAAAGGCACCGUCAGAGUCAGAUCUGGGCAAUAAGUGGGCAGAACGAUGGCUUCCUGUCCUCCUUGAGGCCCUGACCUCAAAUAUAGUUAUUCUUCAAAACAACAGCUCAACGCACUUACUCCCUUGCACCUUCCAAGUCUUCCCCUCUGCUGUGGAGCCUCUGCUGGCCUCCCUGGACCCGUUCUCACCAGGCCACCUCUGUGCCUGGGCAUUCAUCAUGAGUAGCUACCGGGCUGUGACUGGGAGUUCUCCCUGGGUUCUGCAGGGGAGCUCUACCCUGAAAAUCCUCCAACUCGCCCUGGGCUCUGCUGAUGACAACAUUCGACUUGCCGCCCUCAACCUACUGUGUUGCAGCCUCAAGACCAAAGAGAUUCCAACACCAGAGGAACUGUCAAUAAUGAGAACCUUCAUUCCUCAGAACUUAAAUUCAGAGUCCUCACUUUUCCGACAACAUUUUCAAGCAGCGGUGAGGAGAUUUUUGGUUCGGAUCAGAGAUGGCUGCUUGGCGCACAUCAAACAACAAAGGGGCAAAGGGAAUAGCAGCCAGAUGGAAAGCUCACAGGAAAUACUCGCCUUGGGAAUAGGUUUUGUGGACUGGUUGAGCCAACUGGUAUGCUGCAACUUGACACCAAAUCACAGUUACCAGAGGAAGAAAACUGUCUUACUGUUACUGUCUGCACUGCUGGAGACCUGCACUGACACUUGGAGCCCUGACAAGAGAAAGGGACAGCCACCCGUGGACAUGGGAUCUCUCUUGACCUGCGCCACGUCAAGAGGACAGUGGGACUUCUUCUCCAGAGAAAAACUGCUGGUCCUCAUCAGCUGUUUGGAAGAUUCCACGAAUGAAAUUCGGGAACUUUCCGCAGGAUUAUUGGUGAGAUUUUUCCCUUCUGUUUUGCCUGCCGAUGUCGCUGCGGCUCUGCUCGUUCGUACCAAGCAGCUUCUGCGCAGUCCUCGGGUCCAGCAGGCUCAGAUGGGGGCGCUGAUGAUGAAGGUCCUCCAUCACAAAUGGCAAGGCCUUCCUGAAUGCCAAAUAAACAGUGCUGGUGCCAGCAGCGUACAUAACAUCAAGGCCUCCAGCUUUGCUAGAUUCCUUGUGAAUGAGCUGAAGGAUCACUACCUCACAGCCAAAGCAGAUGUAAUGCUCUCUGCCAGAACCAAGCCUAUGCACGGGGUUCUGAGCGCCCUGCAGAAAUGUUUGUUGGACGACAGAUGCAGCAUCUCUGAUUCACUUGAUUCUACACUAAUCACUGAUCUGCUGAGCCUGCUGAAGAACAUUUCGCUGCUUCUGCUUGGCAUGUUGCACGGACAGCAGGAAACGGAAAGUGAUGCUCCCCCUUCUUUCUGUGAUAUGGGAAAUGCCAUCAGCUCUCUGAUAGCCCACGCAUCUGAAGACAACCUCGUAGAUGGCGGUGAGGAGUGUGUCUUGUUGUCUGAAGAACACAGCCUUGUUCUCACCUGCUGCUGGGUGUCACUUAAGGAAACAGGGAUCUUUUUAGGAUCGCUUGUGGAGAAAAUUCUCUCUGAAUCCAAGCCCGACACCUGCUUUCUCACAAAGCAACAACUAGAAACUGCAUCAGUUAUUUUUAGACUUAUUCUCCUCAAAUGCCGUCACUGGGGGGCAGUAGAGGGAUGUUCUGUCGGCUUCACCAGAUACUGUUCAGCUCUACUCAGCAGCAGUGAACCUGAGUUUAAGGAUAUACCAUCAAAGAUGCUCCAACAAGUGAAUUGUUUUUACAUUCUCACAUUUCUGAAUGAAUUCGGUCAACACAAAUCUUCAACAUUAUUUUGUGAGGCAACUUACUGUUUUCUCUCAUUUUAUCUGUUCAGAACCUUGGCCGACUUCCUGCCUCCUUUAUUCCAGCUCUCUGCCAGUCCCAUUUACAGUGUGAGAGUGAUGGCCUCCAAGGCACUGGUCGCCAUGACUCCCCCGUCAGAGUAUGUGAACAUCCUCAUCAAUCUGACGGCCCGGUUGCCCCGCACACCGGAGCGCUGCUGUCACAACUGGCUUCACGGGCAACUGCUGCACAUUAAAGCUCUGCUUGACAGAACUCUCGGCAAAGACUGUGUGCCUGCAGCAGAGCUUCAUGCAGCGGUGAGCGCUGUGGAGGCAUCGCUGUGGCUUGCCACAGAUAUUCAGCGCUGCCCGCUGGUGAGAGCAGCAUAUGUUACCGUUGUGGAGUCACUGAGAAGAUUUUGCUGCGAGACUUUUCUCUCCACGCUCUUUGACGUUCUCAUACGUGAGCUUCGCACACCCAAGCAGGGGCUUCAGGUUGGCUUGUUUUCCUUUCACCAACGAGCCAUCCAGUUACUCGGUACCGAACCCAAGUGGGCGCCUGACCUUUUGGAAACUUUUAGAACGGCGAGCUGUGAUUUGAGGCUGACAUUGAUCACAUGGGUGGUGGAGGACCAUGCUUCAUUGAACACCCACUUUAAAGAAUUGAUCCAGAGUGUGCUGCAGUCCGGUCUGAGGGAGGCACUGUUGAGCCCCAUUGCGGAGUACCGCAGGGCCCACGUUGCAGCCUUCGUCGGAGUGAUGGCCACCGAGGAUCCUCCGCCUCCACAAGUCCCACUUGAGGAGUCUGUUCUCCUGGAGUGUCUGGAUUUGUUAUUGAGAGACCUUGAGGAUCAGAGAGGCGGGUCGGAGUUCUUGUCCCAAGCUCUGCAUGGUGCAAGCCUCCUGCUUUCCCAGUGUUCUCAGGAUUCUUUAAUCCAACGCUGGUGUGGUGUAAUGGAGACUCACCGGUCCCCCGAUGCUGCUGAAGUUCUGAGAAUAUCUUGUGCUGAAGCGCUGUGUGUGGCUGGCCUUCCUCUAACAAGCCACAAAAUACGAAAACGCUGCUUUGAAGCAAAUGGUAACUGUAUCUCUUGCAGAUUGCUGAACACAGGCCUGUACUUGCUGCAGGACCAAAGCCAACAGGUGAGGACGAAAGCCGCCCGCUUUAUCUCCAUGCUACAUCACGCCAGAGGAGGAGGAGCGCAGAGGAGCCUCUACCUCAUGCAGGUCAACCUGGCUAUACCGUUGCUGUUGGAAUUGUUGUUGGAAGAGUGCUGGGACAUACCGAGUACACUGGAAGUGCUUCUGUGCCAUGUGCCCCACUCUGACCUGAGAUCUGUGCUAAGUGAAAUCGCAGACAGUGGGUGCGGAAGCCUCUAUGAGCAGGAUGACGCUAACGUGUUUGCUGAGCCUUCAGUAAUGUCUGAAUAUGUGUUGCCUUACCUGCUGCUUAUGGCUGAAAAGUACUCUGAAUCUUCAGCCAUGGCACAGCGCCUCAGCACAUGGGCGGAAGAGAACGCUGCUCCGCUGCUCGACAACCUCACAUUGUGCAAAAGCCUCCAGCCAGCUGAGAUGCUAACACUUCUCACGGACCCCCGGUUUCACAACACCCUUUGCGGCUUGCUAACGAGAGCCACCUUCCUUCUCCACCUUUCCAAAACUUGUGACCGUCUGCAACACCUUUGUGAUCCUUCAGCUCUCCAGAUGACUUUAAAGGAUAUUUGCACUCAUCUAAGUGAGCAAGGUGUGCACUUGAAAUCUUCUCUAGCAUCUGCAGUGGCUGGAGACCUCAGACUAUCAUACCACGGACUUUCGAUACUAAGCAAAGAUAGAUGAAGCAAUUUAGCAUGAAUUUUUGAGGCAGGCCUCAAUGUUGUAUGAUGCUGCUGUCCACCAUGUCGACAUUCAGCUAAUGGAAUAAAAGAUCACAAAAGCAGAUGCGACACCAUAGGAGUAUGUGAUACACUGUUGUUUUAGCAAAAUGUAAAUAUAGCCUUAGCUAACCUUAGCUACAACACCCUGCUACUCUAGGGAUUUUAUUCCAUCCAUCCAUUUUCCCGUAGGGUCAUAGAUGAGCUGGAGCCUCGCCCAGCUGACUUUUUACAGGAGGUAGAGGUAAACAAUUUAGUGCCCAAUGCACCUAACAUGCAUGUUUUUGGGAUGUGUACUAUUUAACGAAUAUACUGUAUUCCAAACUUCUGAAAGUUUUUUUCUGUCAAUUACUAUUUCCCUAUGACGGAGUGGAUAUAUUAAACUUGACAACAUUCA